AGCUGAUGCUGGAGAGCCAUCUUCAUCUUCCCGAGCAGAGGAGAGGGGGACAGGACAGAAAGAACAGGGGGAUCUCGACUCCAAAUCGUCUGCUUUUAAAGACAUUUUGGAUGCAGAGAGCACUGGCUGCUUUGAAACGGAGGACUAGAAAAGAACCGGCCGGUGGCACAUGCAGACAAGCGAAUUACGAGCUUUUACACACAAAGGAGACGACAAAUGAGGCACCUAGAAGUGGCAUAAAGACAAAUGUGUUUUCCACAGAUGGACGUCUGUCUCGGUCGAGGGGUCAAAUCUUAAUUUUAGUUGUCUAUUUUUUUUAAACCCACGUUGAGGCAAAAUGCUGAGACAAAAGCACUGGCCGGUCGUUUGUUUUGGGUAAUCAGUGGAUCGACAAGACUCGGAUUAGGGACCAAGGCUUUUGUGCCAAAACAUUAAAACAGUGUUAUUCCGUUUGAUUAUGUUGAGGGACAAAUAAGCACAGGUCGUGACAGCGCUUAUUUUGACAGUUUUUGAAGUGUUUGGGAUUCUCGGUUAGCGGGGACGCUAGCAGGCUAAUCAACUAACGUUAGCCUAUCGGAGUUAGCAGAGCUACCUCGAUCGAAAUAAAAGCAACCGUACCUGGGUUGUUUUGGGUUAACACAGGUUUGCUACUGUGAUAUGGCCUUAUUUAAGAGAAAUAUCCUCGCAGAGGGUCACUAGGUGUACUUGGGGACCUGUUUUUCUUCACCGCUCUCUUGUUUUGUUAGCCGUAACGUUAGAGCUGUUGUGAGACUCGAGGCUCAGCUGAUAGGACGCACAGAGGAGAGGGGUUUUAAAUUAACAUUUAAGUGAAAAGAACUCCUGCUUGCUAAAACGACCAGAACUAACAUGUUUACAUGCUAGUGAGUCACUACAGUUCGUGCUGUCAAAUAACAUAAUUUGCUAUGUAGUUGGAAUACCACACUAAAGAGGGACUUAUUGAUUUCAAAGAUUUAGACCUCGACAAAGGUCCAGUAAUACAUAUCUGGAGUGUUCUGUCCUGUACGUACUUGACGAUGUAAGACACCACUUAUAUAUGGGGAAAAGUCAUACGUAUAUAGGUUUAUUAAAUCUUUAGCUAUGGGUUGUCACUUUUUUCAAGAACUAGACCCCUAAGCUUCUCUAGCAAUUGGGGUCUAAAAGCAUGGAUUAACUCCACUUAACUGCACCGCAGUGAUGUGCAAGUGCUCCAUCUGACAACCUAAAUAUAGCAUACAUUUGUAGAAAACACACGCUUUCUUGAGGGACUUCUCGGUGUUUGGGUUAAGUGUGAGUUUCCCCUCCCCCUGAGCGAGUGUCACUUUCUCAAAACAACAGAAGCUCAUACUAGGCACGUUCAGUUGGAGCUUUCAGGUCUCCACACAGCGGAUGUGAUGGAACUGAUGUUCGCUGAGUGGGAAGACGGAGAGAGGUUCUCCUUUGAAGAUUCGGACCGUUUUGAGGAGGACUCCCUGUGCUCAUUCAUAUCAGAGGCGGAAAGCCUCUGCCAGAACUGGAGAGGAUGGAGGAAACAGUCUGCCGGCCCAAAUUCACCCACUGUGAAGAUUAAAGAAGAAAGUCAUACAGGCUUGAAACAACAUGAGGAUGGACAGGUCAUCCCUCUGGUGGAGCUGUCAGCCAAGCAGGUGGCAUUCCAUAUUCCGUUCGAAGUGGUGGAAAAGGUCUAUCCUCCCGUUCCUGAGCAGCUCCAAUUGCGGAUUGCCUACUGGAGCUUUCCAGAGAAUGAAGAGGACAUCAGAUUAUACUCUUGUUUGGCCAAUGGCAGCCCUGAUGAGUUCCAGCGUGGUGAGCAGCUCUAUAGAGUGAGAGCUGUUAAAGACCCUCUGCAGAUAGGUUUCCACCUCAGUGCCACAGUAGUGUCGCCCCAGGCCGGCCAAUCAAAAGGAGCCUAUAAUGUGGCUGUAAUGUUUGACCGCUGCCGGAUCACUUCCUGCAGCUGCACCUGUGGAGCAGGAGCCAAAUGGUGUGCCCACGUUGUGGCCCUCUGCCUCUUCAGAAUUCACAAUGCUUCUGCUGUGUGUCUUCGAGCACCUGUGUCAGAGUCCCUGUCCAGGUUACAACGGGAUCAACUCCAGAAGUUUGCACAAUACCUCAUCAGUGAACUCCCACAGCAGAUCUUGCCGACAGCUCAGCGUCUUUUGGAUGAGCUUCUUUCUUCCCAGUCUACCGCUAUUAACACCGUGUGUGGAGCCCCGGAUCCUACUGCUGGCCCUUCAGCGUCUGACCAGAGCACCUGGUAUCUAGAUGAGUCCACCCUAAGUGACAACAUAAAGAAGACCUUGCACAAGUUCUGUGGUCCCUCACCAGUUGUGUUUAGUGAUGUGAACUCCAUGUACCUGUCCUCCACCGAGCCUCCAGCAGCUGCUGAAUGGGCUUGUCUCCUGAGGCCCCUGCGAGGUAGAGAACCAGAGGGCAUCUGGAAUCUUCUGUCCAUUGUCAGAGAGAUGUUUAAGCGGAGAGACAGCAAUGCUGCACCCCUGUUAGAGAUACUCACCGAACAGUGUCUCACCCAUGAACAGAUCAUUGGUUGGUGGUACAGUGUGAGGACAUCCGCCUCUCACAGCAGUGCCAGCGGGCACACAGGUCGCAGUAAUGGGCAGACCGAGGUCGCUGCACAUGCAUGUGCCAGUAUGUGUGAUGAGAUGGUUGUCUUAUGGAGACUGGCAGUGUUAGACCCUACCAUGAGUCCCCAGAGACGCUUGGAGCUUGCCGCCCAGCUGAAGCAGUGGCACCUGAAGGUAAUCGAGAUCGUGAAACGAGGGCAGCACCGCAAGUCUCUGGACAAACUCUUCCAGGGCUUUAAACCAGCUGUUGAAUGCUGCUACUUCAACUGGGAAGUGGCCUACCCUUUACCUGGCAUCACCUAUUGCAGCGCAGAUAAGAAAAAUGCUUCCUUUUGUUGGGCCAGGGCAAUGCAGCAACAACGGGGCAUUAAAGCUGGGACUGGUGGGGAAUCAGGAGAUGGUACUCGUGGUGGAACCUCAGAAGCUUCUUCCUCUGAGCACAAGUCUAGGAGUAACUCACAUCUUCCCCAGCAGGAGGUGGCUGUCCGCCCUAAGGAGACCAUUGUGAGCAAGAGGAAAGGAGUGUCUGGUGUGAACAGCGGAGGCGUUCUGGUUUGUCUGGGUGGCAGGGUCUCUCUUUCACUUCAGGAGGGAGGUAAAGGCAUGUAUAAAGCCAACAGCUCCUCUCCAUCAGCUGGUAGUAAGGCCAAGCUAACGCAGAGCAACAAGGGCUGUGGAAGUUCAAGUGGUGUCAGUGGGAAACACCCUGGUGCAAAGCGGCGAACCAGCAGUGAGGACAGCUCUCUAGAACCUGACAUGGCAGAGCUGAGUCUGGAUGAUGGCUCCAGCCUGGCGCUCGGGGCAGAGGCCUGCAACACCUUCGAUUUCCUUCCUCCUCCUCCCGAGAUGUUGCCUUCACCCAGCCCCUUGCUCCGUGAGCCACUCAAAUACACCAGCGGUGGCGUUUCAAAAGAGCGUGCUUUUGAGACCAAACAUGUGGCACAUGCUGCCAUGCCCUCUGCUGCUGAUGCCCAUGUCUGCUUUUCAAAGGAGAGCUCCAUUGCAACCUCAGUAGUGGCAGCUAUGGAGAAAGAGGUGGAGGUGGAGGCAGACCUGGAUGAAGCCGGAGGAGAUGAGGACCCUGUAGAUGAUGCUCUGCCGUGUGCGGCGCUCCCCAGCCAGGCUCUGCGGGGCCGCAGAGAGGGAGAUGGAAGUGGAGCUUCAGGGGCUCCAGGACCUCAGGCGGCUGAGGCAGCAGCAGGAGCUGAUGCUGUGGGUGAAGAUGACUAUCAAGCCUACUAUCUCAGCGCUGCCUCAGAAGAGGGAGCGGAUCGAGGGGUUGCAGACGGCAACCAUGAGGAAGAGCCAGACAUCUUUGCUGGGAUCAAACCUCUGGAACAGGAGGGCAGGAUGGAGGUACUGUUUGCCUGUGCUGAGGCUCUCUAUGCUCACGGCUACAGUAAUGAUGCUUGCCGACUGGCUGUUGAACUUGCUCGAGAUCUUCUGGCUAAUCCGCCCGACCUGAAGGUGGAGCAGCCACAGACCAAGGGUAAAAAGAGCAAGGUGUCGACCAGUAAACAGACGCAGGUGGCCACUAACACCCUGUCUAAAGUAGCCUUUCUGCUGACUGUGUUGAGUGAGAGGCUGGAGCUCCAUAACCUGGCCUUCAACACUGGCAUGUUUUCCCUGGAGCUGCAGAGACCUCCUGCUUCUACUAAAGCUCUGGAGGUGAAGCUGGCAUAUCAGGAGUCAGAGGUAGUGGCUCUCCUGAAGAAGAUUCCUCUGGGUCUUGUAGAAAUGACUUCCAUAAGGGACAGAGCAGAACAGCUCCGGGAUGGAAACUUCUGCGACUAUCGUCCGGUGCUGCCUCUCAUGCUGGCAAGCUUCAUAUUUGACGUGCUCUGCACCCCUGUGGUCUCUCCCACGGGCUCUCGACCUCCUAGCCGGAACCGUAACAAUGAAAUGCCUGGUGAUGAGGAGCUGGGAUUUGAGGCUGCUGUUGCAGCUCUUGGUAUGAAGACAACGGUCAGUGAGGCAGAGCAUCCUCUGCUGUGUGAAGGCACACGGAGAGAAAAAGGAGACUUGGCUCUAGCACUGAUGAUCACCUAUAAAGAUGACCAAAGCAAGCUUAAAAAGAUUCUGGAUAAACUCCUUGACCGUGAGAGCCAGACCCAUAAGCCUCAGACUCUGAGCUCAUUUUACUCUAGCAAACCAGCUACCAGCAGCCAAAAGAGCCCAUCCAAACACGCCACCCAUGGUGCCAGCGGAGCUGCGGGUGGAGUGUCAAAACACACCCCUUCAGCAACAUCAGCUGCUGUGCAGGGCGUGACCGGCGGGGGAGCGGCAGGGCAGCAGGGAGGUUUAGCGGCUGGCGGAGUUCAGAGCACAGCAACGGGAGAGGGCAUCUCUGACAACAGAGAUCAAGAGGGUGCGCAGUCGACCUCCUGUGAGCAGCAGAGCGAAGCUGCACCCUUCAAGCCGGAAGGCACAGUGCCCAGUCGUCUGGCACUGGGGGGCCGCGGGGCAUACGGCACACGCUGCUGGGGAUCACCUGUACGACAGAAAAAGAAACACACUGGCAUGGCAAGCAUUGACAGCAGCGCUCCAGAGACCACCUCAGACAGCUCUCCUACUCUCAGUCGACGCCCACUUCGAGGGGGUUGGACAGCUGCUUCCUGGGGGAGAGGUCAGGACAGUGAUAGCAUUAGCAGCUCUUCAUCUGAUUCACUCGGCUCAUCGUCAUCCAGUGGCUCACGCAGAGCUGGUGGAGGAGCCAGAGCCAAGAGUACCGACACCAGCAGGUAUAAAGGCCGGCGGCCUGAAUGUCAUGCUCCGCACGUGCCCAACCAGCCAUCUGAGGCAGCUGCCCAUUUUUACUUUGAGCUGGCCAAGACUGUGCUGAUUAAAGCUGGAGGAAACAGCUCCACCUCCAUUUUCACUCAACCCUCUGCCAGUGGAGGCCACCAGGGGCCUCACCGCAACCUGCAUCUGUGUGCCUUUGAGAUUGGCCUGUAUGCCCUCGGCCUCCAUAAUUUUGUGUCUCCUAACUGGCUGUCAAGGACGUAUUCCUCCCAUGUAUCCUGGAUUACAGGCCAGGCCAUGGAGAUUGGGAGUGCUGCCCUCAACAUUCUGGUGGAAUGCUGGGAUGGGCACCUUACUCCUCCAGAGGUGGCGUCACUUGCUGACCGUGCAUCACGAGCACGUGAUCCCAACAUGGUGCGCGCUGCGGCAGAGCUGGCCUUGAGCUGCCUGCCUCACGCUCAUGCCCUGAACCCCAACGAGAUUCAGAGAGCUCUAGUGCAGUGCAAGGAGCAGGAUAAUGUGAUGCUGGAGAAAGCUUGCAUGGCUGUUGAGGAGGCUGCAAAGGGAGGCGGCGUAUAUCCUGAGGUCUUGUUCGAGGUGGCUCACCAGUGGUAUUGGCUGUACGAGCAAACAGUGGGUGGUGGUUCAGGGGCCCAACGAGAGGGUUCCGGCCGCUGCGGGGCCAACGGUGGAGCAAGGAGAACGGCACCCGAGGGAGGCUGCGGAAUCCUGGAUAACAACGGGGUCUUGGAUUCAUCAGGUGUCUCGGCUGUUACUACCACAGUGACGGCAGCCGCCGUCGUACCUGUCAUUUCCGUCGGCUCCACCAUAUACCAGUCACAUGGGCUGCCGGGCUCAGCCAUGGCACACACGGCAGGUCUGCAUCCCUACACCACCAUCCAAACCCAUCUGCCCACCGUCUGCACCCCGCAGUACCUGGGUCACCCGCUUCAGCAUGUCCCCCGUCCUGCGGUCUUCCCCGUGUCUGGGACAGCCUACCCACAGGUAUAUGACUCGAGGAAGGCGUAUCAAGCUGGUUUUAAGAGCAUCUGUUUGUCUUCUCAGGGAAUGCACCCUGCUUUUAUUGGUGCUCAGUACCCAUUUUCUGUGGCCACUGGCCCUCAUCCUCCUAUGGCAGCGACCGCUGUCACUUUCCCUGGCGUUCCAGUACCGUCCAUGACUCAGAUCGCUGUCCACCCAUACCAUACUGCAGAGGCAGCCCUGCCUCUUAGCACAACUGUGACAGCAGGAGUACACUCAGGCGCCACCAUCCAGGCCAUUCAGGGGACUUCUCUUCCAGGACUCUCGUCCCAGCCGGCCUCGCUGGUCAGUGCGCCAUUCCCUGUGGAAGACGAGCAGCACAGUCAACCAAUCAGCCAGCAGGGCCUGCACUACCUCCACUCGGCCUACAGAGUCGGUAUGCUGGCCUUGGAGAUGUUGGGAAGAAGGGCCCACAACGAUCAUCCGAACAACUUUUCCCGUAGCCCCCCGUACACAGAGGACGUCAAAUGGCUGUUGGGCCUUGCUGCACGUCUUGGUGUGAACCACGUGUACCAGUUUUGUGUUGGGGCAGCGAAAGGUGUUCUUAGUCCGUUUGUCCUGCAGGAGAUCAUUAUGGAGGCUCUGCAGAGGUUAAACCCUGCACAUAUCCACGCACACCUCCGCACUCCUGCCUUCCACCAGCUCGUGCAGCGCUGCCAGCAGGCCUACUUACAGUAUAUCCACCACAGGCUGAUCCAUCUGACUCCCGCAGACUAUGACGACUUUGUGAACAUCAUCCGAAGUGCCCGCGGGGCGUUUUGCCUGACACCAGUUGGCAUGAUGCAGUUCAACGAUGUGCUGCAGAACCUGAAGAGGGGCAAACAGACAAAAGAAUUAUGGCAGCGGAUCUCGUUGGAGAUGGCCACCUUCUCACCAUGACUACUCUAGAGACCAGCGGGGACCGAGACACCCAAUCUCCUGCUGAUACACCACCACCCCUCCCCCCGCCAAAAAAAAGACCACUGACACAGCUCAAUCCGAGACACAGUUCCCCUUGAUAGGAAGUGUAGCCAUGCAACUUCCUGUACAAGCCCACUCACAUGACUGAAAAUUUAGUCCCUGAAGUCAUGAGAAAGUGGUUCAGAGAUACUGGGGCAAGUGAAUUACUUCAGCCAGUGGGUCCCUCCGUCGUCGAGUUGUUGAUCCCAGUGUUGUGUCUGACCUUUUUUUUCUUUUGUUCUUUUUUGGUGUGUUCAGUCAAGUAACUUAAUGGCUAUCUAUGUUUUAUCUGUGUCCUAACAUAUUUCAUUCACUGAUUAAUAUGUUUUGUGAUCCCCUGAGUUCGUUUAGGUGGUUGAUAAGGGGACUAAGGUUUUCACUUGCUAUGUUGAUGUUUGGUUCAAGUUUGAAAAAAAAAAAAAAAACAACCACUAAAUGUCAGACUCAUACUGCAACAUUCCUCUACCCUGGAGAACAGAGCCUCCACCGGUCAUUAAGGAUUUCAACGUUGGAUAGUGGAUGGCAGUGUAAAAAAUGAGGAAAAUAAAACAAAACUUUGUUAAAAGAAUAAAAGAGACAUUUAUUAUGAAACAAUAAUCAAAGUACGGGUGAGGAUUCUUCAGUGUUUUGUUUUAUCUUUUGUUUUUAAUAUUUUGUAUAGUAUGGUGUGUCUGCAGAGAGCAGGAUGAGGAAUGGAAGAAUGUUAUUACUGACUGAUCUGAGAGUUCCUUUUUCCGGUCAGAUGUUGGUGGCUUGAGUGCUGGAACAGAGAAGUCUGGCUGGACCAGAUUACACAGCUUUAAUUCUAGAUGUCAGCGGUGACUUAAGUCCAAAACAAUUCCGGCUUCCCGUUUAAAUUUAAUUUCAAUUGGUUUCUUUUAUAUCCAAAAUCCAGCUAUUGGACUAGUAAUUUCCCAUAGCAUUAAUAGACCUUGCAAUUUCAUUUUUCAAGAUUUAGUCAAACCACAAAAUCUAGUUUUAUUCUCAUUUUGAAACAGGUUAACUGCUCCCCUCGGCCUAGCGUAAUUGAGUGGUCAAUAAACGUCACUGCCAGAUUCCCAUGUUUCCAGCAUUGGCCCCAGCUUUGGAACUCACUAGUGGAGAGUAACUGCGUAGAAAAUGUACUGUGAUAUUUUUGUAUUCUUCAAGUGUAGC